AUGCUGCGAUCCAGGCCCACCACGAGCAGACAGGCUCAGCGCGGCACCCAGUUAAAACAUGCCAAGCUGCAAGCCUGCGUGAGCCCGAUCGCAGCCCUCACGCGCGGGCGUCCCGUGGUGACCGUCGCCGCCGCGGCCCCCCUGCGCCCCAGCCGCCCCGCGCCCGGGCCGCGGGCGGCCAAGCACCGCAAAGCGGCGGCAGUCCUUGCCGAGGCGCCCCCGCAGCAGCAGCGCCAGCAGCAGCAUCAGCAGCAGCAGCAGCAGCAGGAGCAGGCGGGGCAGCAAACGCCUGCGUUCCCGUGGCCAGAGCAGGCGCCCAAAGAUGAGCUGACGCUCGCGCCCCUCGCCCCCACCACAGCAAUCACACAACCUCUGCCGACAGCCGACCAGCCCGCCGCAUCGGCCGACCGCCCAGCACACUCGUCUGAGCGCCGCAAGCGCGCCCGACGGCGGCGGCGGCGGGGGCCGCGGCCGCAGCGCGACGAGGCCGUGUCGGCGCCCGCGCAGGGCGGGCUGCAGCAGGCGCGCGCUGCGGUGGGGCACGACGCGCCAGCCGUCGCGGAAGCCUCCGCCGCCGUCGCCGCCGCCCCCGCGCGGCGCUCGAUGAGCCGCCCGCACGCGCACGUCCCCCUGCCUUGCAAGGAAGAUGACCUGUUGGGGUGGUACUCUCACGCGGUGCAGGCCGCAGAGGCGGAGACAGCGGCGGCUGCCGCCGCGGACGGCGCCGCGGCGCCUGCGGCCUCGCUCGGCCGCGCGCUGGCGCUGCAGGCGCAGGCCCUCCUGGACGGGACGUUGGGUGAUGCGGGCUUCGAGGCGCGCGCCUUCCCGCCCCUGGAGCCCAUCCUCUCGGAUGAGGACGAUCAGGGGUCCGACGCCGCCGGCGGCGGCUGGCGCACGCUCGCGUACAGGCAGCAGGUGGCCGCCGGCGCCGCCUGGCAGGCCGGCGACGGCGGGGAGUUUGAGGAAGACUCGGAUGGCAACGGCAGCGGCGGCAGCGCUGGCGCUCGUCCUGGCAGCCCCGGCGCGCGCAGCACCAGCCACGCGUUUGCGGAGUGGGCGAUAGAGGAGCAGCGGCUGCCACUCCUCGCGAGCCAGUGGGCGCACGGCGCGCACAGGAAGGCCACGCCGCCCACGAGUGGGGCGGCGCCGCGGAGGACCACGCGCGCUGCAUGA